AUGACUGACCGUCCACCCCAAGGCUCCUUCCCGCCAGCUGAUAAUAUUGGCAGCGACCCAUACAGCGAUCCUUUCGCCGAUUCAGCUCAUUCAUCGCGCCAGACUCGUUUUACCUUGCAGGACAACUCUUUCCAAGCCAGAAACCUGCCUAGCCCAUAUGAUAGCGCGUCAACCUUACCUCUCAACACGAGUGCCAAUGAAUACGACGACGACGAGUAUGUGGAAAAACAGCCUUUGACCGAUGGCCAGAAUUUUACAGGUGGCUUCUACCCGCCUGCCCCCGUCGACCCCAGCGCAUUCGGAGAUCCUUACGCCGAUGGGCGGCCUCUGUCCGCUGUAUCCGCAUCCACCAACGGCCUUGACAGUGCUUGGAGGCGAAGACAGACAAUCAAGCGUGGUGUGACUCGCAAGGUCAAACUCACACACGGAAACUUUAUUGCGGAAUAUCCGGUACCUACGCCAGUAUACUCUGCCAUUGAAUCCCAGUGGUCAGGCACAAACACCACCGAGUUCACUCACAUGAGGUACACAGCGGCAACUUGCGACCCAGACGAGUUCACAGAGGCGAACGGCUGGUCCCUCCGCACAAAAAUGUACAACCGAGAUACCGAGCUUCUGAUUGCAGUUACCUCAUAUAACGAGGAUAAAACGCUUUAUGCUCGAACGCUACAUGGUGUCAUGCUCAAUAUCCGCGACAUUUGCAAGACCAAGCAGUCCAAGUUUUGGAGGCGUCACGCUGAGGAAGGAAACCCUGGUUGGAAAAAGAUCACGGUCGCUCUCAUUGUCGAUGGGCUGGAGCCGAUGGACAAGACCGUUCUGGAUAUCCUCGCAACCGUUGGAGUCUACCAAGACGGCGUCAUGAAAAAGGAGGUUGAUGGGAAGGAAACAGUCGCUCACAUUUUCGAGUACACUACUCAACUAUCCGUUGACGCUACCCCGCAAUUAGUGCUUCCUCAACCCAACAACCCCAACAACUUAAUGCCUGUGCAAAUCAUUUUUGUGCUCAAAGCCAAGAACCAAAAGAAAAUUAAUUCUCAUCGUUGGUUGUUCAACGCAAUUGGAAAACAGCUUAAUCCAGAGAUCUGCGUGCUGAUUGACGCUGGAACAAAACCAGGACACAAGUCGAUAUUUUAUCUUUGGGAGGCUUUCUACAAUGAUGCUAACCUUGGUGGAUGCUGCGGCGAGAUCCACGCCAUGAUUCAAGGAGGGAGGAAGUUACUCAAUCCUUUGGUUGCCGCCCAGAAUUUUGAGUACAAAAUGUCAAACAUCUUGGACAAACCUUUGGAAAGCAGCUUUGGUUAUGUCUCUGUCUUGCCUGGCGCGUUCUCAGCCUAUCGCUUCCGCGCGAUUCUUGGGCGUCCUCUUGAUCAAUACUUCCAUGGUGAUCAUUCCUUGGCUGACCGCCUUGGUCCUAAGGGAAUCUAUGGAAUGAACAUAUUCACGAAAAACAUGUUCCUUGCCGAGGAUCGCAUUCUUUGCUUUGAACUAGUCGCAAAGGCUGGUGAUCGAUGGACUUUGACCUACGUCAAACCAAGUAAGGCAGAAACAGAUGUACCAGAGACGGCCGUCGAACUAAUCGGACAACGCCGUCGGUGGUUGAAUGGCUCUUUCGCCGCAUCGGUGUAUGCCCUCGUAAAUUUUUUCAUGUUCUACAAGUCGGGUCAUGGAUUCAUCCGCAUGUUCUUCCUCCACAUUCAAGCCCUGUACAACGUUGUCUCCUUAGUCUUUUCUUGGUUUGCUCUGGCCAACCUUUGGUUGACGUUUAGCAUCAUUAUCGAUCUCCUUCCCCAACAAAACAUCCUCAUUUUUGGUACAGCUACCGUCACGCACUGGGUCAAUCUUGCACUGAAGUGGAUUUAUCUGUCUUUCCUUGGCCUUCAAUUCAUCUUGGCAUUGGGCAAUCGACCCAAAGGAGAAAGGCUUCCAUACACAAUUACGCUAUGGGUGUAUGCAGUCUUGGCUGUGUACCUGCUAGUUUGCUCUUUUUGGUUGACAGUGAAGGCAUUUGCGUCUAUUCCGAGUCAGCUAAAAGACAAAACGUCAAGCCAAGUCGUUGCGUCAUUCUUUGAGCCUCCAAUUGGCGCUCUUAUCGCUGCCAUGAUUUCGACCUUCGGUAUCUACUUCACAGCAUCUUUCCUCUAUCGUGAUCCAUGGCACAUGUUUUCGAGUUUUUUCCAAUAUCUCUGUCUCGCGCCAAGCUUCACCAACGUCCUCAAUGUGUAUGCAUUCUGCAAUCUGCACGACGUGUCUUGGGGAACCAAAGGAAGUGACAAAGCAGAAGCGCUGCCUUCCGUAUCAUCGUCGAAGUCCAAAGAUGCUGAAGCUGUUGUGGAGGACACAACUCAAGUUCAAGCAGACGUCGACGCGGCAUUCAAAGAGACAGUGACCCGAGCAAUCACGAAGAUCGAAACCAAAGAGGUUCCAGAGAAGCCCACGCUGGAUGAUGAGAACAAGACAUUCCGCACCCGACUCGUCGCCAUGUGGAUGUUGAGUAAUGCGACGCUGGCCAUCGCUAUUGAAAAUAUAAACGGUCUGCAUACUACCUCGGACGAAGCAAUACUGGCAAAGAAACAAAAUACAUAUUUCGAGAUUAUCCUGUACUCCACAUUUGCGUUAGCGGCGAUUCGAUUUAUUGGGUGUCUCUUUUACUUUUUGAAGCGCAAUUUGUUCAGGUUUUGCCGCCGGAAUUAAUUUUCGGAACUACUCCAUUGCUAUCUUUUCAUUAUAUUUGAGCGCUCGUCAACAUACAUACCCUGCGCGAUACCCAUGUAUGAUUGUUAAGGACUUUAUGGAAUUGUCAUAGGGAUAACCCAGUAAGCUGGAUAACAGACACUAUGAAUGCAAUCGUGCUUCCCAUCCUACGCCUAUGAAUACAUCCCAGAAAAUCCCUGCCUAUCAUCCUCAUGCGGACGAAGUGCAACACGCAAAUCGGUCAGGAUUCGUUCGUGGAGCUCAAAUUCCGCUCGAAACUGUUCUAAUGAUUCCAGAACGCCAGUCAAUCCCUCGGAUGUAGUACCUGCUAUCUCUGCAUCACUGGAAGUCAGAGUCGCUGCCACCAUCACACGGCGACAUAUGGGACACGAAUCCUUCCCAUUCUGGAUCCACCUUGAGAUGUCUCGCCGGCAAAAGAGAUGGCCGCACUGCCAGGACUGAGAGAGCUUUGUGACACCAAGUUCCUCAACUGGGUGAGCGGGCGAUUCCAUAGCUAAUGCAGACUCCUCUUCUGCUAGAAGAGCGAGAUAUGGGGUCAAGCAUAUUGGGCAAAGCGAAUCACGAUGUCCCGAGCUAACAAGUUCCUUCUCAGUCAAUCUAGGCAGAUUUUCGAGCAAGCCUUGUAUUUGUAGGGGAAGGAGUCGACUGACGGGCUGCAAUGUUUCCAAUUGCUCAAAAAUCAGGUGUAGAUUGUUC